GCUUAACUUGACGAGAUGCUCAACCAGGUCACUGCCUUACGCGCUCACAUUCUUCUCUCUUUGGCGAAGCAACGAACCUUUACUUCGCACGUUAUCCGGCUGUUCUUUCGUUGGUCAAACGCGCGAGCAAUACUCACAAGAAGUGCGUUCCUAUUUCAACCUCCCAUCUAUUAGUGCCAGAACUCUCACCAAAACACGCCAUUAAUUACUGGAGGUCUGACAGCGUUCGCCCCGGUGUUUGGCGUGUGGCGCUGUUGAUUGAAAUGUCGGACUAGGCUUGAUAAAUGGCGUUAUUGCGUGUAUUUAGGUUGUCAGAGGGGAGGUGGGGAGUCUCUCCACUCGGACUCUGCACAGCCUCCUGCCAGACCGAUAGCUGGAGGCAUGCCAGACAUGGAAAGGGGUGGGUCUCCACAGUUUGAGGAGAUUUCUUGGGAGGAAUUUAGUGGGGAUCUAGAGGGCAGAGAGAGAUUUACGAAUUGAUAGGUGGUCGCGUUUUGUUUGGCCGCACGUCUUUGCGCCAGAAGACUCUGGAGCAUUGAGUUUCCUUCUCUUAAAGGAUUAGUCCUCACGAUGGCCACCAAGAGACUAAGGAGGGGUCGCUAUCCUGGCGACACACAGCUGGUGGCUUCAGCGAGGAGCGCGUCCUGCGAGCAGAGCACAGUUGUGGCGCACUGACCUCGGCCGCCUUGAAGAGGAGUCACAGCAGGCUUUUAACAGAGAUUUUCUUGGAGUACCUAUCGUUUUCUCUUUUCUUUUCUAGCCUGGGGUGCGUUUGACUCUUUUUUUUUUUUAAAAGACUGACCCCGUCGUUUUACAUCCAUUCAGCUGCAAGGCUUUAGCAAUGACGACGGAAAGCCCUCAGCAACAGCUUGACCCGCCGCCUCCCCUCAGAUCCAGCCCGGCGUCCAGCGGCGCGAUGCACUCGGCGCUUCAGAGCACACAGACCGCGCUGGAGAGCACGACUGCGACCGGCGGCACCAAAGGCAAAAAGUCCAACUCGGGCAUGAGACGCCCUGAAAAGCCACCUUACUCCUACAUCGCUCUUAUAGUCAUGGCGAUACAGAGCUCUCCGACCAAAAGGCUGACGCUGAGUGAAAUCUAUCAGUUCCUCCAGGCUCGCUUCCCGUUCUUUAGGGGUUCCUACCAGGGCUGGAAAAAUUCCGUCAGACACAAUUUGUCUCUCAACGAAUGUUUCAUCAAACUUCCCAAGGGCCUCGGGCGGCCGGGUAAAGGCCAUUAUUGGACGAUCGACCCCGGCAGCGAGUUCAUGUUCGAGGAGGGCUCUUUUCGACGCAGGCCCCGCGGUUUCCGAAGGAAGUGCCAGGCUCUCAAACCCAUGUACCGCAUGAUGAACGGGAUCGGCUUCGGGGCUUCAAUGCUGCCGCAGAACUUUGACUUCCAGUCGCCCUCCUCGUCUCUAGCUUGCCACACCAACGGCUAUAACCUGGACAUGAUGACAAAUGCGGUGCCUGGCGUUCACGCGGGUUACGAUGGCCUUAGUGCAGGGCAUCAUGUCUCACACAUGUCAUCGAGUCCGGGCUCCACGUACAUGACGGCGUGUCAAGUCGCUUCUAACGGCGAGUACGGGCCGGACAGCAGCAACAGCCCGCUUCACUCGCCCCCGGCGGCCAUGAACGGCUCUCUGGAGUGCCACUCGCCGUAUGGAGCCGCAUCGGCACACUGGGCUUCAUCAGGAGUGUCUCCUUACAUUAAACAGCAGCCACUGACCUCCAGCAGCCCGACCUCCUCUGGAUUACACUCGAGCAUGCCUCCGUACGCCUCUCUGGAGCAAAGCUACCUGCAUCACAACGGCAGAGACUCGGCCGACAUCUCAGGAAUGUCUCGAUACCAGAGCCACUCAUCGCCAGUCUGUGACAGAAAAGACUUUGUGCUGAACUUCAACGGCAUCACAUCGUUUCAUCCCUCCAGCAGUGGAUCCUAUUAUCACCAUCAGCUGCACCAUCAGGGAGUCUGUCAGGAUGUCAAGCCAUGCGUUAUGUAAUUUCAAAUCAUAAAUCAUCACGUACGGACUGAGCUCGGAAAUGACGAGAUCGUGUGUGUGUGUGUGUGUGUGUGUCUGCUUGAUGCACAUCAUCAGUUAUCGACGAAGAACAAAUGAUCUCACUGAGAGAAACCAUGAAGGAAAAAAUGAACUGAUCGGAACUGAGGACUCCAGAGGGAGUGAUGGAAAGCUUAUUAAAUAUAUUUACUAUCUCGGAAAAACCUCGAAACUUCUGCAAAAAAAAAAAAAAGGAGACACGAAAAACGGGUUUAUCCCAGUCCAUAAUCAAUAGCCAAGUCUUUUGUAUGAAUUGAGCACAUUUGCAAUGAGGAUGAGAGGGGGAUAUGUUCAAUAACUGAGCAUAAUAAAGUUGUAGUAAAAUGAAAACGUGUUAUUUUAGAUGCACUCAGCAACACCGCGCG